AUGAGAAAUCCAACUCCAAUUCUUGUCAGUACCAAUACCAACACCAAUGCCACUUUUACUUCAAAAGCUGAUACUAAUGAUAUAGAAGAACCUCAUAAUUUUUCACCUUCACCAGACUUCAAAUGGUUAUGCGAUGAGUUAUUUGUAAAGUUAGAUCAAAUACAGUUUCGACCAAAGGAACUGAAUGGUUCAAAACCCAAAUAUAUCGAAUAUUAUGAUAUUAUUAACAAUUUCAUUGAUAUAUGGAGAAGAACAGUCGGAAAUGAUAUAUAUCCAGCACUAAUUUUAACAAUUCCAUAUAGAGAUAGACGAAUGUAUAAUAUCAAAGAAUCCAAGCUAAUAAGAAUUGUUUGUGAUUAUUUGAAAUUGCCAAAGAAUUCCGAAACAGAAAGAAGAUUAAUGAGGUGGAAACAUAGAGCUGAUAGAAAUGUAAGAUUAUCUACAUUCUGUGUGGAAGAGAUUAAAAAGAGGAAAGGUGAGCCAAGAGAGAAGAUUAAAAUAACAAUCGAUAAAUUAAACGAAUGUCUUGACAAUUUGGUUCUCGAAAGAGGUUAUAAAGGUUCAAAGUCACAAAAGAUUUCAGAGUCAGAAACUUUCAAAUUUUGCUUUGAAAAUAUGACUUAUGUUGAAUUAAAAUAUUUUUUUGAUAUAUUAUUGAAAGAUAAAAUAGUAGGCGGUCUAGAACACAAAUUUCUAAAUUGUUGGCAUCCUGAUGCCCAGGAUUACUUAAGUGUCGUGUCUGAUCUUAAAAUAGUCUCUUCAAAAUUAUGGAAUCCUGAAUUUCGAUUGAAGUAUGAUGACUUGACUAUAAAUAUCGAUCAUGCUUUUACACCUGAAACAGCAAAGAGACUAACAUAUUCAUAUGAUACCAUUGCAAGAAGAUUAAAAAAUGAUUUUUUUAUUGAAGAAAAAAUGGAUGGAGAAAGAAUUCAAUUGCACUACAUGAACUAUGGAGCAAAAUUGAAAUUUCUUAGUAGAAGAGGUUUGGAUUAUAGUUACCUAUAUGGGGAUAACAGAAAUAAUGGUGCCAUUGGGAGAUACUUAAACUUUCAUAAAGAUGUCAAGGAAUGCAUCCUUGAUGGUGAAAUGGUAACUUACGAUUCUGUAAAAAAUUGUAUUCUUCCAUUCGGUUUAGUUAAAAGUAGUGCAAUGCAGUCACUUUCUGUUUCCGAUAUCGAACCGGAUGGGUACCAUCCAUUGUAUAUGGCAUUUGAUUUGGUAUAUCUAAAUGGUUCUUCUCUUUCAACACUUCCGCUUCAUCAAAGGAAAAACUAUCUUGAUAAACUAUUAAUACCCUGUCCUGAUUUUGUAGAAAUCCUUCCAGCUCUACAUUGUAAUGACAGUUCACUGAUCAAAUCAUCCCUGGAAAAAGCGAUUGAGCUAGGAUCUGAGGGAAUAAUCUUAAAGCGCUUUGAUUCACAAUAUUUAGUUGCAAAGAGAAGUGACGAUUGGAUUAAGAUUAAACCAGAAUAUCUAGAACAAUUUGGAGAAAAUAUGGAUUUAAUAGUGAUAGGUAGAGAUCCAGGGAAAAAGGAUUCCCUUAUGUGUGGCCUAAUACUUACUGGCGAUAAUGAGCCAGAAGAGAUCACCAGCUUAGAUUCUAAUCCAACUGAUACCGCAGAAUCUUUUUUGAAACCUGAUAAAAGAAAGAUUAUUUCAUUCUGCAAUAUUGCCAAUGGCAUAUCUCAAAAAGAAUUUAGAGAUAUCGACAGAUAUACAUUUGGUCAUUGGAUAAAGUUUGAUGAUGAACUACCUCCACAAGACCUCUUUGAGUUUGGAACCAAGCAUCCGAUAGAAUGGAUAUAUCCGGAGCAUUCGGUAGUUCUUGAGAUCAAGGCGCGUUCAUUAGAGACAAAUGAAUCGGCAAGAAUAAAAUACGGUACUGGUAGCACCUUAUUUGGAGGGUACUGCCGACAGAUUAGAUACGAUAAGGACUGGGUUUCUUGUUUCACUUAUAACGAGUUUAUGGAAUCAAGAAAUCUUAAAAAUGCGCUUGUAAAUUAUCCUGAUAAUAAGAAUCUAAUUGGAAGGAAAAAACGUCCAAAAAAACGUAUGUUUAAUUCCCUUACUGAGAUUUUUGAGAAUACGAAAGAUGCGCCAGAUGAAUCAAAUGUUAUUUUUAGGGGACUUCAUUUUUAUGUAAUAUCUGACUAUAUUGAUGAAACUGACGGUUCUAGACUAUCAAAAAGUGACUUAUGCAAUUUAGUAUUAGAGCAUAAUGGAAAAUUAGUGCACAAUCCAAUAUCCAGAAUUGACAUUCUUAAUAGACUGAGGAUAAUAUCAAUGAAGUAUACUAGAGAAACUACGUCAUUAAUAGAGAGAGGAUAUGAUAUUAUUCACCCUCAAUGGAUUUUAGAUUGUAUCUCCAACAGAAAAUUGGUACGGCUUCUACCAUCACAUUGUUUUAAUGUAUCAUCGUCCUUAAUGGAAGUUACGAAAACUAGGGUAGAUAGAUAUGGCGAUAGCUAUGAAACCUCCUUAACAGAAAAAGAUUUUGAAAUUUUAAUUAAUAGGCAGGUAUUGAAAAGUGAAAGUGCAGACAAGCGCAUUACUGAAGGUGAAAACCAUUUGAAAAUUCCAAUUUUACUUUUCUGUAAUAGGCGAUUUUUUAUUCCAGAAACCUUACCUUCAACUCCCAUAUAUGAGCUUAAAUCAAAAGUUGAACUUUAUGGGGGGAAACUUGUCAAUAAGAUAUCUGACUGUAAUGUAAUAGUAUUUACAAACACACACACUGAAAAUAGGAAAGAGGUUAUGAAGAAAAUUAGGAGGGCCUUGGUUUGCUUAGAUCCUAAUUCGAUGCAAGUCCCUGUGUUGCCCAGAAUUGUGGACGCAAAUUGGAUCGAUGCCUGUAUUUCAGAAUGUGUUCAAGUUCCCGAAGAAGAUUAUCCUGCUGUAUAA